AUGGUCGGAUAUGAUGCACUCCAUCGACAGUGCCGAACAUUAGAAUCGCUGUUUGACACCAAGCUUACGACUUAUACCCGCUUGGCUAGCUCUAUUUCCAGAGGGGAACAUAGCGACCUCGAAGCGUCCGGUUCCAACGAGCGGUGGAGAGAUGUCGAAAGCGAAGUUGAAGAUUUAUUAGAGAAGCUACGCGAGACCAACGAACAGCUCAGCGCACUCGAGACCGACCCCACCUCACCACCUUCGCAAUCAAUGAUCCGAGCCAUUCAGCGGCAUAGGGAUGUGUUUAGAGACUAUCAAGCAGAAUUUAAAAGGACGCAGGCUAACGUACGAAACGCCCUCGACCGUGCCAACUUGCUAUCGGGCGUUCGGAACGACAUAGACGCGUACAAGAGCUCCGCAGCCGACAGUCUACUUGCAGAACGUAGCCGAAUAGACAGCUCGCACAGGAUGACAGAUGAUAUACUUGAACAAGCAUACACAACCCGCGCGGAGUUCUCAUCGCAAUCUGUAUCGAUUUCCAGUAUCAACGCGCGGAUGCAAAAUGUCAUUAGUACGAUGCCGGGAAUCAACAAUUUACUCUCGAUGAUCAAGUCGCGACGACGGCGAGACGCCAUCAUCAUGGGUCUCGUCAUCGGUAUAUGCACUAUCCUGCUCUUGAGUUACAUAUUCUGA